UCGUCGGGGCCGGGCGCGGCGCGCUGCCCCUACCUGGGGCUGGUGCUGGCCACGCUGUCGUCGCUGCUCUUCUCGCUGUGCAGCGUGAUCGUCAAGUGGCUGGUCGAGGUGCACCCCAUGCAGCUGGCCGCGUGCCGCUUCGCCGGCGUGCUGCUGCCCGCGCUGCCCAUCCUGCUGUGGCGCGCGGAGCCCGUGUUCCCGCGCGGCCGCCGCCUCAUGCUGCUGCUGCGCUCCUUCGUCGGCACCACCGGCCUCAUGCUCAGCUUCUACGCCUUCAGGCACAUGCCGCUGGCGGACGCUUCGGUGGUGGUGUUCAGCGUGCCGGUGUUCGUCGCCAUCUUCGCGCGGCUCUUCCUGAAGGAGCCGUGCGGCCCGUUCCACGCACUCACGAUCGCGCUCACGCUGGUGGGCGUGGUGCUCAUCACGCGGCCGCCGCUGCUCUUCGGCCACGCAGCCACGCCGCCGCUGGGCGCCGGAGGGCCCGUUGAGAGCGACGCCUGGGGAGCGGCGGCGGCAUUUGCAGCGACGCUGUUCGGCGCCAACGCGUACGUGCUGCUUCGCGCGCUCAAGGGGCUGCACUUCGCCGUCGUCAUGUGCAACUUCGGCGCCUUCGCACUCGUGCAGACCACGCUGGUCGCUGCCGCGCUCGGCGCCCUCUGCAUGCCCAGGUGUGGCUUCGACAGGUUCCUGGUUGUGGCCCUGGCACUGCUCAGCUUUGGAGGGCAGAUCCUGCUCACAAUGUCUCUCCAACUGGAGCAGGCUGGCCCUGUAGCCAUUGCUCGCUCAGCAGAUAUUGUUUUUGCUUUCAUAUGGCAGCUCCUUUUCUUCAAAGAAGUGCCAAACAGAUAUAGUGUGAUGGGUGCUGUGCUUGUAACAUGCUCUGUGUUGCUCACUGGCUUACGCCGUUGGGCGCUGGCAUUACCGGAAGCGUCACCUCUGCGACGACGCCUUGGGCUCCUUGCUAGGUGAGGCGAGUGCAGCUCACAAGCACAAUAGAAGACUGGAUUCGUGAUGGAUGUUAAAACGAGGGCAUCAGUGUAACAUUACACAGAUGGCUGUUGAUGGAUUAGUGACAUUUAUAGUUGUGACACAAACAAACUAUUCUACUAUCCAGGAUGUGAUAGAUGGUGAUUGUGACUAUCAGAUGAACUAUUCAAAGUGUGGAUGUUGUUGCACCCUUCUACAUUUAUACUGGAUUGUUGCUAUGUUGUAAGUCUCCUGAUAAAGUGAUUACACUUUACCAAGUGUGCACAGUGUUCAGGCAUUACCUAUCUCUGUGUGCAUGUUUAAAAUAAUAGUAACUUGUUCUGUAUUGUAGCCUAAAUAACCAUGUUAUUGUAUUGUUGUACCAUGAAUGCAUAUUGAUUUUUGGUGCUAUUGUUUGGGAAACUACUUUCCAGCUUUUCAUGAAAAUACUAGGGAAACUACUUUCCAGCUUUUCAUGAAAAUACUAUUAAUACUUUACCCUCAAGUGUGUUUCAACUUUUUUGACACAUCUGCUAUUGAUGGGCAACAUUUUAUAUGAAGCUGGCAUAACAAAGA